UAAAAACGAAUGUGGGUGACGUGGGCAACCAGUAAACAAAAGUUGGCUAUUUUCAAUUUCUGUCCAAAAUUUUCACGUAAAAUAUGUAUAUAAAAUAAGGAAAGACAUGUCUUCCGUAACAUUUCUGAAAGGCAUAAACUGUUUUCGAUCCAAACUACCAAGAAUAUGUGGAAUACGCAAGUUUUGUUCAGAAGAUUGCGGUGAAGAGAAGAAAGGGCUCAUAUUAGGCAUAUAUGAGGGUGAAAAUGAAGAACCAGUGUUUACCAAAGCAGCAGCAAAAUUUAAUGAUCAUCUCAGCGGAAAGUUAUUCGACCUAGUUAAAAGAGCUGGAACAGAUAUACGAAGAGGACAUGCCCGAAUUUUCAAUAACAUUGACAAAGAAUUUUGGUCUAUUGCUGUAGUGGGACUAGGGAAAGAAAAACUUGGAUAUAAUGAAAUGGAAGCGAUAGACGAAGGCAUGGAGGCUGUGAGAGAGGGAGCAGGAAUGGGAGCUCAAGUAUUGAAAAGAGAAGGAGUAACAAGAAUUUUAGUUGAAGGUUUGGGACAUCCGGAACAAGCAGCCGAAGGAAGUGCACUCGCCUUGUGGAGGUACCAGGAGAAUAGAUCACGUCAGCAUUGGAAAGUGAUUCCCACCUUGGAAUUAUUUGACGACUGUGAUGCUGAGAGUUUUCAACGGGGACUUUUCAAAGCAGAGUCUCAAAAUUUAGCAAGAAGAUUGUCCGAUACACCAGCAAAUCAAAUGACACCCCUCCAUUUCGCACAAGAAACUGUUAAUGAGUUAUGUCCAUGUGGUAUUAAAGUAAUGGUGCAUGAUAAAGAUUGGAUUGAAUCGAAGAAAUUGAACGCCUUUCUUACUGUUGCUCGAGGCUCUUGUGAACCACCUGUUGUGGUCGAAAUUUCGUACUGUGGUGCUCCUCAAGAACAAAAACCUGUACUUAUGAUAGGAAAGGGUAUAACUUUUGAUAGUGGAGGUCUGUGUGUAAAAAAAUGUGAGGGUAUGGACCGUUACAGAGCUGACAUGUGUGGAGCAGCAGCUAUUAUAGCCACCAUUCGUGCUGCCUCAGCGUUGAGUCUUCCAAUUAAUAUAGAAGCUGUUAUUCCAUUAUGCGAGAAUAUGCCCAGUGGAAUGGCGAUGAAAUGUGGAGAUGUCGUCAUGGGUCUGAAUGGAAAGUCAAUUAUGAUCACUGAUACAGACAAUGAAGGUCGAUUGAUAUUAGCCGAUGCCCUGGUUUAUGGACAGAACAUGUACAAACCUCGUUUAAUAAUUGAUGUAGCCAGCUUAACACCAGGGGUUCGAGCUGCUCUUGGUUCAGCAGCAAGUGGUGUAUUUUGCAAUUCUCAAACAAUGUGGUCUCAGGUGCGCAAAGCAGGGGUCAUUACUGGAGACAGGGUUUGGAGAAUGCCCUUAUGGAAAUUUUUCACCAAAAAAGUGACGGGAUUUAGAUCUCAUGAUGUCAAUAAUAAAGGACUUGGGCAUGGAUCUUCUUGCAUCGGGGCAGCAUUUUUGAAUGAAUUCAUAGAUUGUGUGGACUGGAUUCACUUUGAUACCACAGGUGUAGGUUUCAAGAGUGAACAUAAAGUGUAUCCUUAUUUGACAAAAGGGCGUAUGACAGGUCGACCAACACGUACAUUAAUACAACUGUUAUAUCAACUUUCGUGUCCAUCAGAAGGACAAAGAAAGUUAGAAUAAUACUUUUAUAUGCAUAUUUUGGUAUAAAAUAUUUUCGGAUGACACUGCAUGAAUUCACUUAUUUGGAUUCUUGACAUUUUAAAUGGGUCAAAUUAAAUUCUAAAAGUAGGUAAAAUGGGAUUUUUCAAGGGAGAUUUCGAAUUAGGAAUAGUUUGAGAUCUCGUAAUUCUCUUGGGAUGACCUUAAUAAUUGACGGCUGGUCACUGUCAACUGGAAGAAACAACUUCAACUGAAAUGACAUUCUGAUAAUCUUUUCAAUAAAAAAAUCACCCUUUGAUAAAAUUCUGAGUGCAUCCGAAAUAACCAUACCUCAGCUGCUGGACUCAUUUGAAUAUUUUUUGUUAAUGAGUUUGUCAUACUCCGGACUCUGUCAAGUAUUAUGAUUUAUAAGAUAUGCACUUUCUGUGAAAACUCUUCAACCUGUCCCUAUUCAACGAAUGAACAAAUAUAUUUUGUAUGUACCUGUAGUGAACUGUUGACUGUCUUAACCUAAUAAAUUUGUAAGAGUCAUCAGAAUAUUUACUGA